CCCGGCCGGCAGCGGGGAGGCGCCGGGCGCGGGAGGAGGCAGUGCGGUUCGGGUCCUGGUCCGGCCAACUCAGCCGUGCGGGUCCCCCUGCCCACCAUGCGGGUUUCCCUGAUCUGCUGCUCGGCUGCCACCCUGCUGCUGCUGCUGCUGCGAUGGCGGCGACGGCGAGGGCUGUGGAAGAAGGUGAAGGCGGCUCAGCAGAGGCAGGAGCGGAGCUUGGUGCGGAUGGAGAUGGCGGUCCACCGCUUUCGGGAGCAGCAUCCUUCUGUGAACAUGGUUUCCAUCCUCUCUCUACGUUUGCCGGAGCUCUGCAAGAAACUCCAGGAUGGCUCCCUCCCUCCUGAACAUGUCUUCUAUGCCUAUGUGAGCAAGGCCCUCCAAAUUGCCACAGAAACCAACUGCAUCACAGAGUAUCUUCAGGAAAGUGAAAGCCUGGCCUGGAAGGCAAAGCUGACAGGGAAGCCAGGUUUGCUCUACGGGGUACCUGUCAGCAUCAAAGACUCCAUCGACUGUGAGGGUCAUGAUUCCACACUAGGGUUUAUAAAAAACCUCAAUAAACCCGCAGCAGAGGACAGUGUGGUGGUGCAGGUGCUAAGGAGACAGGGGGCAAUUCCCUUUGUCAAAACCAAUGUUCCCCAGUCCCUCAUCAGCUAUGACUGCAAGAACUUAAUCUUUGGUCAGACAUACAAUCCUCUGCUCUUCACCAGAACCCCUGGGGGCUCCUCUGGUGGAGAAGGGGCACUCGUAGGAGGAGGUGGGUCCAUCCUGGGCUUUGGGACAGAUGUAGGAGGGAGUCUGCGUUUCCCUGCUGCCUUCUGUGGGAUCUGUGCACUCAAACCCACGGGGAACAGACUCAGUAAAAAAGGAAUAAUUGCUGGUGUCAUUGGGCAGAAGGCAGUGGCCGCAGGAGUGGGGCCCAUGGCAAAGGAUGUGGAGAGCCUGGCGCUGUCCAUGCGAGCGCUCCUGUGCGAGGACAUGUUCAGCCUGGACAGCACAGUCCCCCCCCUUCCCUUCAAUGAAGAGGUGUAUUCCAGCACACAGCCCCUCCGUAUUGGUUAUUAUGAAACUGACUACUUCACCAUGCCCAGCCCAGCCAUGAGACGUGCUGUGAGGGAGGCAAAGCAGAUGCUGGAGGAGGCUGGCCACACGCUGGUGCCCUUUGAACUCACGAAUGUGGACUAUGUGAUCUUUAACUUCUGUGUCAGGGGAAUGUUUGCAGAUGGGGGUGCCUCCUUCAGCAAAAAAUUCAAAGGGGAGCUGGAGCGAAGCAGCAUGGGGCUGUUCUUCUGGUUGGCGAAGGCACCGAACUGGCUAAAAAGUGUCCUCUCCUGGAUUGCCAAACCAUUCGUGCCUCGAUUUUCAAGUCUUGUAAGAAGUAUGAAAGCAAACACAGUGGAGGAAGUCUGGAGUCUUCAUCAUGAAAUUGAGGGGUUUUGCCACCAGUUCACCGCCCAGUGGAAAAACCUGAAUCUGGAUGUCAUGCUUUGUCCUAUGCUGGGCCCAGCUCUAGGCAUCGGCUACCCUGGGAAGCUCUCAGUGGCUGUCAGCUACACCAUGCUCUACAAUGCCUUGGACUUCCCCGCCGGCGUGGUCCCUGUCACGACGGUGACAGAUGAGGAUGAGGAAGAGCUGAGGGGCUACCAAGGGUACUUUCGGGACUGGUGGGACCGGACCCUGGCAAAGGCUUUCCAUGGCAGCACGGGGCUGCCCGUGGCCGUGCAGUGCGUGGCCUUGCCGUGGCAGGAGGAGCUGUGCCUCAGGUUCAUGAAGGAGGUGGAGACACUUGUCCGGAAGAAAAACAAGCUCUUCUUCUGAGUCCCACACACUUGCCCAGAGCAGGAUCCCAGUGAACACCAGUGCUGGUCACCCUGGCUCACCUGCAGUACUGGUGUUCCCCUCCGUGAGGAUGCGGUGAUGGCUGAGCUGGCUGCUGGUUUUGGUGGGCAAGGGGAAGGCUGGGCGAGCUCCACAGUGGUGGAGCACUUCCAAUCAUUGUCCUAAUACAGUGGGGUGUUUUUUAUCAG